AGUUUUUUUUUAAUGUUUGCUAACCGUUUCAGUUGCUACAAAUUGAAACUUAUUUUGAAAUGUUGAAAAGUGUAUUGCCUAGAACGGUUUUAUCUUAAUUGGAAAAUAUGUUUUCACGGUCGAUCUAUCUACGUAAUACAUACUAUAGUCUGAAAACAUUCCCCUGGAACGUUGUUUUGCAAGGUCAUUUCAUUUCACAUGGGGGGUGUCCACUUGCUUCCAUUAUGUAAUAUUUGUCAUAAACUUGCCAUUUUGUAACAACAUAUCAAUAUAGCGUUAUACUGUUGCCCUCUGCUGGUGAUCCUUUUUAGAAAAUGUAUAGUUCAGCAAACAUGGCGCAAUAUUGAACUACAUCUCCAUACAUGCAGCUGCUCAAUCGAUAAGACUACAGAGACCGCGGAGACCAGACACAAGGAAGCUUGUUCAAACACGUUUAAACUGGGCGCUGGAAGCCCAACUUUCUAGAUCUACAAACACUUAGACUUAACUGACAUCGUUCAGCGAUCUAGAUAAAACGUCUGUUUGUAUCUUUGCGCUUUAUGAAGGCGCGCCAAAUGUCCUAGUUCUGACACGUUUGAACAGACCGAACACAGUCAUUGAACUGCGCGGCAAAAGCAAGGCACAAACAAAAACACGCGGGUGCAGCUUUCAACAAAAGGCCCUAUGACAUCACAGCAGCUGAGAGUAGAGAAGACACCCCUUCCUAGUGAGUGAUUGAGCUGUGGCGCAGGAGAGAGGGGGGGGUCAGCAUGGGGCUGCACUCCGCCCAGAAAAAGCACUUUCCCCUGAAGGGGAUCGACGGCGUGGUGGCCCUGUUCGACGCCGAGCUGCGCAAACCUGAACCGGACCUGGCUCUCCUCUCGCUGGUCCUGGGCUUUGUAGAACACUUCCUGGCCGUGAACCGGGUCAUACCCACAAAUGUCCCCGGGGUGCGCUUCGAGCCUUUGGAGCCAGAUUCUCCAAACUCCUGCUUUCCCACUGUGGAGUUGGGGAUGAUCUCCGCCCUGCACGAGCGCUUCACGGCCCAGAUACGGGGCGCAGUGGACCUGUCCCAGUACCGGAGGCCCGCUGGUGGGUCCAGCAGGGAACUGGUGAAGAAGGUGUCAGACGUCAUUUGGAACAGCCUGAGCCGAUCCUACUUUAAGGACCGCGCCCAUAUCCAAUCCCUCUUCAGUCUCAUCACUGGUACUAAGUUGGACAGCUCGGGGGUGGCGUUCGCGGUGGUUGCGGCGUGUCAAACGCUCGGCCUGCGUGAUGUGCACCUGGCCCUGUCGGAGGACCACGCCUGGGUCAUAUUUGGCAAGAACGGGGAGGAGACCGCCGAGGUCACCUGGCACGGCAAGGGCAACGAGGACCGCCGGGGGCAGACCGUUGCGGCGGGCGUCAGUGAGCGGGUAAGUAAGAGUUGGCUUUACCUCAAAGGCUCCUACAUGAAGUGCAACAGGAACAUGGAAGUGGCCUUCAUGGUGUGCGCCAUUAACCCCUCGCUGGACCUGCACACCGACAGCUCCGAGCUGCUCCAGCUCCAACAGAGGCUUCUAUGGCUGCUGUACGAGAGAGGAGACUUGGAGAGAUACCCGAUGGCCAUGGGUACCUUGGCUGACCUGGAGGACCAGGAGCCCAUCCCGGGCAACGAGAGCCCCUACACCAUCCACCUUAAAGCGGUGAAUUCUGCCAAGAAGUACUACAACAAUGAGCACAUCUACCCCUUCAUGUACCUGGCCGGCUACCACUACCGACACCGGGAGGUCCGGGAGGCGCUGGGAGCCUGGGCUGAGGCGGCGCAGGUCAUGCAGGAUUACAACUACUUCCGCGAGGACGAGGAGAUCUACAAGGAGUUUUUUGACAUCGCCAACGACGUCAUCCCCACUCUGCUGAAGGAGACGGCCGCAGCAGCCGAGAGCGGAGGGGAGGGCUGCGAGGGGGGAGAGAAGGCAAUGGACCAGCCCAGACAGGCGGCGGCCCUUUCUGCCCUCCAAGACCCGGAAUGCUUUGCCCACCUUCUGCGGUUCUAUGACGGCAUCUGUAAAUGGGAGGAGGGCAGUCCCACACCGGUCCUCCACGUGGGCUGGGCCACCUACCUGGUCCAGUCUCUCAGUCGCUUUGACGCUCAGAUUCGCCAGAAGGUGUCCAUUAUCACCAAAGAGCCGGAGCCCCAGGAGGACGACGACCAGUCCAGCGAGGACCCCCGGGAGGGCCGGAGGCGCGGCCCGAGACGCGAGUCCAAACUGGAAGACCAAGCCUCGCCCCCGACGCAGUCCGCCGUCCCGGCCCAGCCCCCGGCCCAGCCCGCCCAGGCCCGGAAGGUGGGCGGCGAGGGGGGCACCCGGCGGCGCUCCUCGGGGCUCCGUGGCGGGGACCUGGAAGGCAAGGCCAAGUCCCCUAGCCCGGUGCCCUCUCCUCCCCAACAGACACCCUCCCCCGGGGGAGGCCCCCUGGUGGCCUUCCAGAGCAAGAAGAUGAAGGGCAUGAAGGAGCUCCUGUCCGCGGCCAAGGUCAACUCCAGCGCCAUCAAGCUGCAGCUCACGGCGCAGUCGCAGGUGCAGAUGAAAAGGCAGAAGAGCUCGCCGUCCGGGGACUACACCAUGUCGUUCAUGAAACGCCAGCGCAAGUCUCUCUAAGGACUUUGUCUGGACCAUUUCCCAGGUCUGGUGUCGUGUAGAUAAGUGUCUGUAAACCUCAUCUCUGGAGUCCAGAACCGCUGACCAGCCCCAACUGCCGUGGCUGUGGUGGGAGUUGUCUAGGCACCGGUCGGUUUGAGUCCAGGUGGCGGCGUACCGGCUGUGCCUGGAGGAGUCCGCCGUGGCGGCACAAAUUCGCUCAGUGCUGCCCGAGCUCCAGAGCGGUAGUGGGGGGAGGACAAGACGAUUAUAGCAAAUUGAAAAUCAUUAAAUUAGUAAAGGGGAAAAAUGGGUUGACUGUUCAAGUUGUUCUCUCAUGAGUUGACUAUACAGCACAAAAACCUGUGACCAGGUUUAACUGUACAGCACAAACAUGCCUGUGACCAGAAUAGACCUUCUCUCCUUCGUGCGGGAACAUAAAGGGAGCUGCUGUCUGUAGGUGGAUAUUCCGUUGUCCCCUGACUGAAGCAAGGCAACGCUAGAAGACUACCGCAUCGACCUGCUUGUGUCUUCUGUGCGCAUUCUGCAUUUCUGUUUUAUUUCUUUCUUCCAACCGUUCUUUUUAAAGUCAUAUCACCCCCCCAUCAGGACACACAAGUGUCAGGAAGGGCAACAAGUGUGUCAAGGGGUGGCGGUGGUCACUUUAAUCAAGUGUGAACAGAGUUGUUGACCAGUAGAUUUUUGAUUUUUAAUCUUGUGAUCCAGUAAUGAUCAUGUGUCAUAGCUCCCGUGGCAUAUUGGCAGUAAUGCACUUCAACGGUUGAGGUCUUGUUGAAUGAUAUUUGGAAGUUCUGCAAAAGCCAAAGUAAUGGGCGUUUAGAUAUUUUUUUUUUCUUUCAAUAUCUUAAUGGGUGGGGCAGUUACUCUCUUAGCAAACAGUCUGUAUUGCAGUCUGUCUUCUAGUCUUGAAUGUUAAUUUUCAUUCUAUUUUUUACUGAAAAGGUGAUUCGGACUAUUACCGUGUAACAAUGUCCUUCUAUGUUGUCACUUAUGCUAGCUAUUCGUUGCCUUACUUCGCCUGUUUUAUUUCUAAUUUAGGUGGCCUUUAGUACUGAGACAAGCCGAAGCUGCAAUAGGCAACCUCAUGAUUAGAAAGCGACCAGAAAGACCACGCACUGUUUAAAGGGGAUUGCUGUAGGUGUCCCAGCUAGAUAGAUACAAUAGUUUUUUUGUUUGAUAACUUGUUUUUUAUCUGCAGAUAAUAAAAAUAAGUUAAAAUCUGA